AUGUUUAAGUUUCAACAGCUAAGAAAGGGUUGGAGUGAAUUAAGUAAAACUGCAAAAUUAGUGUAUGGUUGUUUCUUUUUUAACAUUACUUUGCUUAUGGGAAUAACAACUAAAAGACACAUGGCCAAUAAGAAAGCAGCAGAUUUUUAUACGAAUAAAAUAAUCAAUUCCAAUAGCGAAAAUCGGGACUGGAGUUGUUACAAUUCAGCCAAGCAAUAUCGAUACGAGUGCGCUUACUUAAACGAGGAAGAAAUAGAACAAUUAGGUAUAUGCCAAAAUCUACUUUUUGAAUUAGAAGAUUGUAGAAAUGAGUUAUAUAAACAUAUAAAGGAAGAUACACCAGCUAUGAAAAAUAUUCCUUACAUUAUAAACAAACCUUCGUGGUUAAGAGACCCAAGGUGGUUUCAAAAUUUACAAAACCAAAAGAAUGAAUGA